GUCAUCACGCAGGGCCGAGUCGGCGCGGCCACAUCCUUUAAAUAUGGUCUUUCUUGGGCGCGCGCGACAAUGUGAGGAGUGGGGUGGAGCGUGUGUGGUGUGUGGCUGCGGCCUGGGCAAGAGCCGCCGCGGACCAUGAGGUGGGCGGAAAGGCUGUGUUGCAGCCGAGACGCGGACGGGAGGGCGCUGCCGGGCCAGCGGGCGUGCUCAUGCAGGGGCGGGAGGAGGGAACAUGGCGGCCGGGCCAGGACCCCUUGCUCCUGGCUGUGCGCGGCUCCUACCCCUGGUUUGCUUGCCCUUGUACCUGCUUUUCUGGAACCUUGUUUCCCCUCUCUUUGCGUCCCCUUUCCCUCAGCCGUUUCUUUUGCCUUCCUCGAGUAUUCCCCCCCAGCUCCACACUGGGUCGAAGUGUGAGAGGUAGAUUAAGUGGGAGCCGGUCGGGCCCGUUCGGUGCCGAGAGACCGACUCCUAAAUUUGAUUAGGUUCUCGCAUGUCACUUUAUCAGUCUGCCUGGGGUCACAGGAGAAGUACUGAACAUGAGAGAUCAAGCCUGAUUUGUAGUCCUGAUGAUGUCUCUGAGUAAGUUCUGGAGGGAUCCUGCCUCUUGGAGCCUUCGCAGCCAGGCAGCUGUGAACUGUGAGCUAGAGUGAAGCAGAAAUCUAGGAAGAUGAGCUCCAAGAUGGUCAUAAGUGAACCAGGACUGGAUUGGGAUAUUUCCCCCAAAAAUGGCCUUAAGACGUUUUUCUCUCGAGAAAAUUAUAAAGAUCAUUCCAUGGCUCCAAGUUUAAAAGAACUACGUGUUUUAUCCAACAGACGUAUAGGAGAAAAUUUGAAUGCCUCAGCAAGUUCUGUAGAAAAUGAGCCGGCAGUUAGUUCAGCAACUCAAGCAAAGGAAAAAGUUAAAACCACAAUUGGAAUGGUUCUUCUUCCAAAACCAAGAGUUCCUUAUCCUCGUUUCUCUCGUUUCUCACAGAGAGAGCAGAGGAGUUAUGUGGACUUGUUGGUUAAAUACGCAAAGAUUCCUGCAAAUUCCAAAGCUGUUGGAAUAAAUAAAAAUGACUACUUGCAGUACUUGGAUAUGAAAAAACACGUGAACGAAGAAGUUACUGAGUUCCUAAAGUUUUUGCAGAAUUCUGCAAAGAAAUGUGCGCAGGAUUAUAAUAUGCUUUCUGAUGAUGCCCGUCUCUUCACAGAGAAAAUUUUAAGAGCUUGCAUUGAACAAGUGAAAAAGUAUUCAGAAUUCUAUACUCUCCACGAGGUCACCAGCUUAAUGGGAUUCUUCCCAUUCAGAGUAGAGAUGGGAUUAAAGUUAGAAAAAACUCUUCUUGCAUUGGGCAGUGUAAAAUAUGUGAAAACAGUAUUUCCCUCAAUGCCUAUAAAGUUGCAGCUCUCAAAGGACGAUAUAACUACCAUCGAAACGUCAGAACAAACAGCUGAAGCUAUGCAUUAUGAUAUUAGUAAAGAUCCAAAUGCAGAGAAGCUUGUUUCCAGAUAUCACCCUCAGAUAGCUCUAACUAGUCAGUCAUUAUUUACCUUAUUAAAUAAUCAUGGACCAACGUACAAGGAACAGUGGGAAAUUCCAGUGUGUAUUCAAGUAAUACCUGUUGCAGGUUCAAAACCGGUUAAAGUAAUAUAUAUUAAUUCACCACUUCCCCAAAAGAAAAUGACUAUGAGAGAGAGAAAUCAAAUCUUUCAUGAAGUUCCAUUAAAAUUUAUGAUGUCCAAAAACACAUCUGUUCCAGUCUCUGCAGUCUUUAUGGACAAACCUGAAGAGUUUAUAUCUGAAAUGGACAUGUCCUGUGAAGUCAACGAGUGCCGAAAAAUUGAGAGUCUUGAAAACUUGUAUCUGGAUUUUGAUGAUGAUGUCACAGAACUUGAAACUUUUGGAGUAACCACCACCAAAGCAUCAAAAUCACCAAGUCCAGCAAGUACUUCCACAGUACCUAACAUGACAGAUGCUCCUACAGCCCCCAAAGCAGGAACUACAACUGUGGCACCAAGUGCACCAGACAUUUCUGCUAAUUCUAGAAGUUUAUCUCAGAUUCUGAUGGAACAAUUGCAAAAGGAGAAACAGCUGGUCACUGGUAUGGAUGGUGGCCCUGAGGAAUGCAUAACUAAAGAUGAUCAGGGAUUUGAAUCAUGUGAGAAGGUAUCAAAUUCUGACAAGCCUUUGAUACAAGAUAGUGACUUGAAAACAUCUGAUGCCUUACUGUUAGAAAAUUCUCAGGAAAUUGAAACUUCUAAUAAAAAUGAUAUGACUGUAGAUAUGGUACAUGCUGAUGGUGAAAAACCUAAUGUUCUGGAAAACCUAGACAACUCAAAGGAAAAGACUGUUGGAUCAGAAGCAGCAAAAACUGAAGAUACAGUUCUCUGCAGCAGUGAUACAGAUGAGGAGUGUUUAAUCAUUGAUACAGAGUGUAAAAAUAAUAGUGAUGGAAAGACAGCUGUUGUGGGUUCUAACUUAAGUUCUAGACCAGCUAGUCCAAAUUCUUCCUCAGGACAGGCUUCUGUAGGAAACCAGACUAAUACUGCUUGUAGUCCUGAAGAGUCAUGUGUUUUAAAAAAACCUAUCAAACGAGUAUAUAAAAAAUUUGAUCCAGUUGGAGAGAUUUUAAAAAUGCAGGAUGAGCUCUUAAAGCCAAUUUCCAGAAAAGUACCCGAAUUGCCCUUAAUGAAUUUAGAAAAUUCUAAACAGCCUUCUGUUUCUGAGCAAUUGUCUGGUCCUUCAGACUCCUCUAGUUGGCCGAAAUCUGGAUGGCCUUCUGCAUUUCAGAAGCCAAAAGGACGAUUGCCGUAUGAACUUCAGGACUAUGUUGAAGAUACAUCGGAAUACCUAGCUCCUCAGGAAGGAAAUUUUGUUUAUAAGUUAUUUAGCCUGCAAGACCUUUUGUUACUCGUACGCUGCAGUGUCCAGAGGAUAGAGACAAGACCACGUUCUAAAAAACGGAAGAAAAUCAGAAGACAAUUUCCAGUUUAUGUACUACCAAAAGUAGAGUAUCAAGCUUGUUAUGGAGUUGAAGCUCUGACUGAAAGUGAACUUUGUCGCUUAUGGACUGAAAGUUUAUUGCAUUCCAACAGCUCAUUUUAUGUUGGAAGCUAUUCAAGAAAAUCACUCGAAGUGCUUUUAAAAGUGGAGAUUGCUGGCCUCACCCUGGAGUGUCUGAUUCACUAGGUCUGUAUUGGGACCUAAGACUUUCUCAGGUGGUACUGAUGCUGCUAGUUUAGGGACCACACUUUGAGAAUCAAUUCUAUAGCUUAUAGUCUCUUUUUUCAGUAGAAUCAACACACUUGUGAUUUGUUUGUUUGCUCUGCUUUGCUAUAAACAUGUUCCCCGCUUUCCCUAGUUGCAGUACUCUUUUUAUCUUUUCCCCAUAAAAACUUUAAGAUUUACUCCUUUAAGACAGUUUCCCACAUAGUCUCAUUGCAACUUCUGUAUUCACCCUCCAACCCUAUAAUAUUUAUCAAUUCUAUAUAGUUGAUAUGUAGGCAGUCCUCACUUAGCACACAGUUUCAAUAAGCACAAGUUUUAGUUAUGACCGUGUAUUAACAGUGAGUAAUUGUAUAAGGUAUAAGCUUCACUGCUGGCUCUUCAGUCCACAGAUCACUACAUAAGUAACAGGCAAAUCAUGAUCAGUGACCAGUCAUGUCACUUCUUUCAAAGUCUGUUUAUAAUUGUUUAUUGUGUACCCAUUGAGUUCAUGCACAGAAAGCAGAGUGUGCAGUUGUGUUGACUCUUUUUCUCCCAGUGAUAAACCCAUGUGAUAUUUUACCAAAGUAGAUAAUCAAAAGAAUUGACCAAAAAAUAUUAAAGCAAAGCAAAGAAACAAAAGGUGAUACUGCCAGAAGUGAAAUUUGAAUGGAACAUAAAUGGAAUUACAGAGGAAAUAGCAAAGAGUGGGAAUGUUGGCACGGCUAUUGUUACAGUGACUCUAGAUUUGCUGCCAGACAAACUUAGUGAAAGCAUUGUGACAUAAAGGAUGAACAAGUGGCACUUGCAUAAGAUUUUACACUAAACAAAUCCUGAAGAUAAUUUCAUGACAUUGAAGGCACCAAGGAUACAGUGUCAGAAGCUGAUCCUUAGGAAUAUAACGGUUCACCAUGGCAUAGAAAAGAUGCAUCCGGCCAGGUACGGUGCCUCAAGCUUCUAAUCCCAGCACUUUGGGAGGCCGAGGUGGGUGGAUCAUUUGAGGUCAGGAGUUCAAGACCAGCCUGGCCAACAUGGUGAAACCCUGUCUCUACUUAAAAUGUAAAAAAUUAGCUGGGCAGUAGUCGCAUGCGCCUGUAGUCCCAGCUACUCAGGAGACUGAGGCAGGAGAAUCGCAAGAGCCUGGGAGGCGGAGGUUGCAGUGAGCCAAGGUCGCAGCACUGCACUCCAGCCUGGCCGACAGAGUGAGACCCUGUCUCAAAAAAAAGAAAAAAAGAAAAGAAAAAGAAAAGAUGCAUCCUUCCUAUGACAAGUUGUGCAAGAAGGUAACAAGCACUGUUCAAACUGCUUGCUCUUCAUUAACGUUUCAUGAAGAAAACACUUUAAUUUUUUGAAUUACAGUGUACUAAAAUAUUUUACUGUUCUUUUCGUUUUCCUAUACAUUUAUGAUUGAUAGAGAAUUUAUAGUGUUUUGAUAAAAAUUUUAAAGGUAACCAAACAGUUGUAAUUUUCACUAUUGAUUGUUACAAUUGCAGGGUUUCAGCCUGUAUGGGCAUUUUUAUGGUCCUAACACUGCAUGCAAAGCAAGGAGUACCUAUACAUAUAU